GAACACUAAAAUCGAUGACGUAUUUCACACAUAUAUAUAGAGGCAUUAUGCACUUAUAUCCCAAUUUGGAAAUCAGCUGUAGAAUUCUUGUUAACUAACAAUAACAUAGAAUAAACAAUAUUGUUGAAACCGAAUGGUACCCCAUCAGUGCCUUGAUAUUUGAUGCAGCUGACGUUUAUUGUUUGAAUUUGAACUUGAAUCAUGGGAAGGAAGAACAGAAGCAAGAAAAGCAACAUUCAGUCCAAGGGAGCUGCGAAUUGCACGGAAGAAAAACAACAGUUGUCUAAAGCAGCUAAACGUGAUGUCAUGGACCUUGUUAGAGUUCUGCUGGAGAAGUGCUCUAUACCUCCCACUUCAAGUGGAAAAGAAUUUGAAGAAUAUUUGGAAAUCAGAGAAACAGUUGAACAGAUACGAGAAAUUCAGAAAGACCUUACCUACAAGUCAGAUGAGCGAGCUGACAAGUUUUCAGUGUUCAUGGACUGGUUGAAGUCAAGAUCUGUUGAUACGAGCUGUGUAGGAAUUAAUAAAUUUGAUGGAUUUGGAUACGGUCUGCAAGCGAGCAAAGAUCUCAAGGAGGAGGAGUGGUUUCUCAGAAUACCUCGAGAUGUCAUGAUGACAUCCGAUUCAGCACAGAAAUCUGUUCUUGGUCCCCUGAUCAAUGCUGACAAGAUUCUGCAAGUGAUGCCUAGUGUGGUGCUGGCACUGCACCUUUUGUGUGAGAGACGAUCAGAACAGUCGCCAUGGAAACCAUACCUGGACAUUCUGCCUGACACCUAUAACACGCCUCUGUACUUUACACCUGACGAUGUGAAACUCCUCAAAGGUUCUCCUGCUCAAAGUGAUUGUAUGAACCAGUUCCGGAACAUCGCACGUCAGUAUGGCUAUUUCUACAAGCUGUUCCAAUCAGACCCGGCUAUAGCAGCCAGUCUGCCCAUCAAGGAUGUGUUUACAUAUGACGACUACAGAUGGGCAGUUUCUACAGUGAUGACCAGACAGAACCAGAUCCCGACCCCAGAUGGCAACAAGAUGACCUUUGCCCUCAUACCUCUGUGGGACAUGUGCAACCACUGUAGUGGAAUUAUCACAACAUCAUUUAACCUUGAACAGAAUUGCAGUGAAUGUUACGCUUUGAGAGACUACACACAAGGAGACCAGAUCUUCAUUUUCUACGGAGCCAGAUCUAACGCAGAGUUACUCGUCAACAAUGGAUUUGUGUACAUGGAAAAUGAGCAUGAUCGCACAGCUGUGAGACUGGGCAUUGGAAAAGCAGACCCAUUACUUGAUUUGAAAUCCAAGUUGCUGGCCCGCUGUGGUCUGGAGCCUUCUAGAACGUUUUACCUCCACACUGGGGAGUAUUCAGUGGACAGCAAUCUCCUCAUAUUCCUGAGAGUGUUCCAAAUGGAUGAAGAUACUUUAAAGUCAAAGUGUUCACGAGAAAAUGUUGAGGAGGUCAAGGCUGAACUUGGUGACCUUAACAAGGUCGUUUCCAUAGAAACCGAGUCUAAGGUCUGGAGUUUUCUAGAGACCAGAACUGGGCUGCUGUUGAGAGGAUAUGAGACAUCGUUAGAGGAUGAUGAGGUGCUAUUGAAAUCUGAUAGACUCAGCGGCUGCCAGCGUCUUUGUGUUCAGUUACGUUGCCUUGAGAAGAGAAUCUUCAAGUCCAGUUUGGAAUUUGCGUCUCGCCAGAAACAGAAAUUAGCACCUAGUUCUGGAACAUAAAUCUGUGUGGACAACCCUUAGGCCUAUUUAUUUUAAUUGCACUUUCUAUUUAUUUGUUGGAUAUUUUAUAGAUUUUCAAAGGAGCAAAGUGGGAAACAAAUUUAAGAUGAUUGAUAAGUUGCAAAUUCAAAAAUCCAAAAAUUAUUAUAGAAUAAUAAAUCAAUGAUGUAUCUAGACAAAAUUUCUGAAUGGAUAUACUUUUAUGUUUUUCAUAAUAUUCAACGAUAUUUGCUGUGUUGUAAUACAUAUUUAUUUUAAACAAUGUGGCUGCAGUGAAACAAAUUAUUUCAUGAUAUCUAGCUUUUGGGUGAACAAAGAAGAAAGUCAACUCUAUAGUUUACCCUGUGUUCAUUGUACUCUAAAUCACUUCAUUUGUAUGCCUUUCUUUAUUAAAGUACAGAAAAUUCUUUAACAAUUUUGUGAUUUUCAUAUGCUAGUGUUAUUUGUAGUUUUUAAUUGAAAUGCCAUGGUAUUCCAAAUUCUGUGAUGAAAAGGUAUAGUAUUGAAAAAGAAAAUGAAGUAUUUGUUCAACACUAUUUAAUUUCUGUAAAGGGGCAUAUUUAUAUUUAAAAUGAUAUUAUAUUGUCAAAAAUAAUAUUUUAUAGUAAAAUGUAUCUUUUUAUUUAUUGCUCAAGACAAAGGUAUUUUUUAUAAGCAACCAAAAAUGAUUUCACAAAAUAAAAAAUGUUGCAGACAUAUGGAAAUAAGUAGUAGUAAUAGUAAAAUAGUUACAAAAAAAAUGUAAAUAAAGUAUGCACAUGCAUUUGUUAAAAUGUUCAUUCACUACUCUUUUUUGAAGGCAUGAGUUUGAAUCCCACUGGAAAUGGGUAUCAAAAAUAUGUUUUUUAAUUUAUUUAUUUUUUUAUCACCUUAGCACAUAAUGCUCAUGGUGAGCUUGUGUGGUUGCUUUUUGUUUGUCUUUCAUCAUUUUAUAUCCUUUACCAGUAUUUGAAUUGUGAACUCUCUAGAAACCACAUUUAUUGCCCUUGCUCAGUCUUGAUUAAACUCAUUUGUCCCAAUUAUAUCAGUCGAGUUUGAAACUAUGAUAAAAACUAGGUGCCUGGAUUAAAUUUAAGAAAGCUCUUAUGAACAGAUUCUUGACCAUUUUAACAUCGCUUCAGCCUGGCAGGGCAUUUUUCCUUACAUUUCAAUAGCAAACAUGUUUAAAACUCUUUAUCUUUAUUUUUUUGCCCAAUCUUCAUAAAACUUGUUCAGAAUAUUUGUUUUCAUUAUAUCUUGGCUGAGAUAAAAAGUGGUUAUGGUUUGUAGAAAAAAAAAUGGCAACCACAGGGCCAUUUUUCUUUAAAUUGCUUUAGAAAAACCUUGUAAACUCUCUAGAGAACACAUUUUUGCACAAUCUUCUUGAAACUUGCAAAGAAAGUUUGUCCCUAUGAUAUCUUGAUUGAUUUUAAAAAUGGUUCUUGUCAGUUGAAAAGCAUGGUUGCUAUGGGUGCAGUGAAGUUUACAUUAUAUUGCUAUGUAUAACUUUGUGUGAAAACUCUAGAGGUCACAUUUAUUAUGCCCUCCUUCGAAGAAAAGGGGGUAUAUUGUUUUGCUGGAUGUCGGUCCGUCUGUCUGUCGGUAGACCAGUUUGUUUCCGAUCAAUAACUUGUGAACAGAAGGACCGAUUGGCUUGAUACUUCCCUUAAGCAUUGGUCUUGGACAGUGGAUGACCCCUAUUGAAAUUGGGGUCACUAGGUCAAGGUCUCUGUCACAAUAAGCGUAAAAAUCGUUUCCGAUCACUAACUCGUCAACGAAUUGACCGAUUAGCUUGAUACAUGUGCAUUGGCCGUUGACAGUAGAUGAUCCCUAUUAAAAUUGAGGUCACUAGUUCAAAUAUCUGUUUUGGGGGCAUAUGUCUCCGACCGCAGAACUCUUGUUUACCUAUUUAUCUUCAUAAAACUUGUCAACAAUAUUUGUCCCAAUCAUGUAACAAUUGACUCUGAAACAGGGAAAGUAGGGGUACAAAUCUAGGCCUCUGAAACAGGGAAAGUAGGGGUACAAAUCUAGCUCUGAAACAGGGAAAGUAGGGGUACAAAUCUAGGCUAUUUGGUCAAAUUUAGUAAAAAGCUUAUGGCGCUAUAGAGUUAUCUUUAUAUUGCCCAAUCUUAAUAAAAUUUUGUCAGAAUAUUUUUUGCAGUAAUAUCUUGCUCCAUUUCAAAACUGGGUAAAAGUGGUUAAAACCAUGUCACGAGGUCAAAGCCAGGGACACUCUUAAGAGGCCAGAUUUAUUGCCAAAUCUUUAGGAAACUUGUUCAGAAUAUUUGUCUUAAUGAUUUAUUAGUUAAGUCUCUCAACUGAGUUACUAGGGGCCAAAAACUAGAUUACUAGGUCAAAUUAAAUAAAUUUCUGGUAACAACUCUAAAAGCCAUAGCUAGUGUCCGAUUUUCAUGAAUCUUUUUCAGAACUUCUGUCUUAAUAAUAUUUUCAAUAAAAUCGAAACUCCGUCAUGUUGGGUCAAAUACGGAUUUAAAUUCACUGUAAAGAAAAACACUAUUAAAGCCACAUGUAUUUCCCAAACUUCAUGAAACUUGCUCAGAAUAUGUUUCAAGUUGAUAUGGGUCACGUUGGGUCAUAAACAUGGUCACUAGGUUAAAUAAUAGAAAAGGCUAAUUUUGGGUCGUGAAAUACUUAAGUAGGUCACUUGGUAGAAUGGAAGAAAAAGCCUUUGAACACUAAUGAGGCCAUAUUCAUUUCCCAAUCUUCACGAAACUUGGUCUGAACAUUUGUUCUAAUGAUUUAUCCAACAAGUUAGAUAUGAUUCCAGAAUGAUGAAAUCGGCUCCCAUUAUGGGGGAGUUUUUCUAAUCUGGCUAUACCGGUAGUUAAACCAUUUGAACACUCAAUAAAUCACAUCAGCAUUAAAGUGAUAUUAUGGGCAUCUAACAGUUUAUAGGUGUCUAUCUUAAUCGUUGUUUAUUUUUGGUGUUUUCACAUCAUAUUCACUUAUAUUUGUUAAUGCAGCAUCAACAUACUAGAACAAUAUGUCGGAAAGAGAACAAUAAUGCAUUUGAAUAUCAACCGUACUUUCGUUUGACAACUGAUCAUGCAUGUACAUUGUGAACCUAAAUUUAGUUUUAGUGCAAAUUCGUUUAUACGACACAAAGACACAAUUUUGUUUUACGGAUCAUUUCGGCUUACAGGACUGCUCGGGUCACGUAAAAUAUCGAAUAUAAAAUAUGUUUUUAUAAACAACUGGUAGCAAGAUGAGUUGCAGAUAAUUAAUCAGUAACCACCUUUUAACUUACUCUUUUGACCUGUUAAUUCUUUUCAGCUCAAUUCAACAGUGAAAAAUGCCCCUAGUAUCACUUUAAGCUUGCUAAUAAUUUUUAAAAUAUUUUGCUUUCAUGAUAUCUGGACUGAGAUUUAAAUAAUAGUUGAUUGUUAAAAAACGUGGCUGCCAUGUGUUUUGGCCCUUUUGUUCUAAGGAUUUCAUAAAUAUUAUUACUUUAUAAAUUCAUGUGUGAAAUGCGUGAAUAUGAAUUGUUUUAAAUACAUCUGUAUUUUUUGCCAAUAUAUCCCUUUAACUUCAUGUGUUUGUUGUGUGUAUGCUACUGCUGAUUUGGGCUUUUCUUUCAAAUGAUGCCAAUUGUUUUCAUGUGCUUUUUAUGUCCCCCACCACUAUAGUGGGGGACAUAUUGUUUUUGCCCUGUCUGUUGGUCUGUCUGUUGGUUUGCUCAAACUUUAACAUUUGCCAUAACAUUUGCAAUAUUGAAGAUAGCAACUUCAUAUUUGGCAUGCAUGUGUAUCUCAUGGAGCUGCACAUUUUGAGUGGUGGAAGGUCAAGGUCAUCCUUCAAGGUCAAAGGUAAAAAAAAAGUCAAAGCGGCGCAGAAGGGGACAUAGUGUUUCUUACAAACAAAAUUCUUGUUGAAAUAGUCCUUGUGUGCCAUACUUUAACCUUUUUGUAAUGUGUAUAUAACAUUUAAGCAAUAUAUGUUCAGCAUUACUUGUGUAGAACACAACAGAACAGAAUAGUUUAUUUAACUUGAGCAUAUAUAUACAGCUCAUCGUCGUUAACAUACAUAUACAAUAACAGCAUGCGUUACAGACUUUGAAACAAUAAAUAUUAGUGAACAGUGUACUAGAAAUAUUAUUUUCCUCACCCUUCUGUUUUCCUUCUUUAAACAUAUACGAAUAAUUUAAAAGAUCACAAAUGAAUAUUACUCUUAAUAACGUCAUAGUGAUAGAAAGUUUGGUAGAAAGUACAGGCUCUGUUAAAGUUAUUCUGGGUUGCAUUGCUUAUUAAGAAUACAUUUUAUAAAAUAAAAUAAAACAUAAA